UUCUUCAACGGGAAGGGUUGUGGUCACGCGCCAAAAUAGUUGCGGGAAAACCAAACUGAAUCCAGGAGAGAAGCAACAUACAAAAUUGUGCUGCACAUGAGAAAAUGAACACCAUGAAGACCCCGAAGGCUGAAGAUGUCAGACGGGGGAUCUCUGUCAUCUGGGAGAUCUUGCAGUGUCCAAUAUGUUUGGAAUUGAUGAGCACACCUGUGUCUACUAAGUGUGACCACCAGUUUUGCAAGUUUUGCAUAAUAAAGCUUUUGGACAGCAGUAGGAGAAAGGAGGCCAACUGUCCAGUUUGUAAGAUAAAGAUCACAAAAAGGAGUUUGCAGGAGAGCCCUGGGUUCCAGAAAUUGGCCGAGGGAUUGCAGAAUAUGGUCCAGGCCUAUGAACAUGACACCUGCACAAACUACUUCACUGGAAUGUCCCAGAUGAGGAGACAUAGUGUCACAGAGACUGUGCAGAAGAAAAACGGCCAUGAUGUCUCAUCUGAUGACGUGUGGGCCACUGACCGUGCUGAUGACGAGGAUCAUGAGUUUCCAAUGUCCUGCUCGUCAACUAUAGCAGUCACCCCCAUGCCUCUCUCUUCAGCCAAGGAUGGCUUUGCAAAGCUCAUGGGUCUUGAAGAUUCUUGCCCUGUCAUUUCGGACGAGGGGUUUGAUAGCGGCCUAGGUGACAUACCUCCAGCCAUUGAAAAGGAUACCGAUGACUCUAAAGCUACCUCCACCACAGAAAAACAGAAGCCAGCAUUAGAGGCAGAAAUACCUGUGGUUGUUGAAAGAGCUCCUUCACGACCCCAAAAGCUAGGAAAAAAGAUAACCACUCAUCCUCAAGAUCCACCAAGCCUCCCUGAAAAAGUCAUAGACCAACCUGUCAGACGAUCUUUGAGGAAUAACAAAAGAAAGUCCUUGACUGAAAUGAUUGACCAGAAUCAGAAGAAAAGUCUAGAGAAAGUCUCUGAGUGGCUCAUGAAUAAUUCCUCAACAGAAGAAAACUCUGAGAAGGAGAAAAUCACAGAGGGCUCUUAUGACUCAGUUUCUUUGGCAGGAAGAUGUUCCCCCGCCUCACCCUUAGAGGAUAACCUCAGAAAUAAGGACGAGAGUCCAAAGAGAGAAGAGCGUGGCAAAUGUCUUGAGGAGCUGGUAUUUGGGGCUGUUUACAAACGGGAUCGAAGAGGGAACCGCAGUUUUUCACCACAGAACAGAGCAAUCACAGACCCUCCACCACCCUGUCCAGCUGAGGAACUCCCAAUCCCGAAGAAGAUUGCCAAAAGGAGGAUGAGUAAUAAACUGACACCUGCUGACUUUGUCAAGAGACCAAGAUCUGAGGAGAAUGAAGACAGUGUUAUGGAUGACCGACCAGAGAUGACAGAACCACAAGAGGAUCCUCCCAAUGAACACCCAAGAGAUACUGAAGAAGAUAAGUUGAUUGACCUGACUGGGGAGCUGAACUCUAAUAGCUCUGACAAGCAAGGUGAAGAGCUUGAUGAGUUGCCAGAAGGUGACAACAAAGAGAAUGAAGAUGUAGAGGACAGUCCUGUGUUUGAUGUGCCACUACGGGAAUCUAGGAGGAAGCCAAAUAAAAAGAUGCACGGUAGGUGGCAGGACGUUGACGGGGAUUUACAAGGGAAAGUAAAGUCGGAGAAUAACGAGCAAAAAAAGCCUGCCAAGAAAAAAGGGGAAAACAUCAAGGUGGAGAAGAGCAAGGCAGCCAAGUCCUUAGUCCUUGUGGGUGUCGGAGAGGGUGGAAUUGACCCUAAGAUACCUAAGAGCAGACCGUCAGGCCAGACUGAGGUUCAGAUUGAGAGUUACCCUAGCAGUGAGGAUCCAGGAAGCCCGAUCAUGAGGAGAACCAGGAGGAGUCGGAGGCUUCAGCUCUUCACAGAGGAAGUACAAGGGAGUAACAAGAAGAUCAGCACUGCAACAUCCACAAAGGUUGACGUUCUUGAUUCAGACUGCAACAAGAUGCAGCAAUCAGAGGAGGCGAAAGCUGACACUGACAGGGAUAAUGUGGCUUGUUUGCAGAACCAAAAUACAGAAAAGGCUCUAAGGAAAAAUGGAUGUGUUUUAGAUGAAGAAAUGGGAGGUAUUGAGAACUUGGACUCUAGCGAGAAAAGAUUGUGUGAAAUGAUUGAGUCACAGAAAGUGAACCCAGUUGAGGAGUCUAUUGUUGAAGUCCCAAGUACAGGAAGUCCUUGUCACGCUGAUGUUGCUUGUUCAGUGACUAUGGUACCAAGUUCAAUUAGUACUCCUGAGGCAAGUGUCUCAUGUGCCGUGCCUGAGAGUGUAAACCAAAGUAAUCCGGUUAUCAAACCAUUAGAUGUACCACAAGAGACGUCAGCCAGCCAGGCCAAAUGUAUUGAUCUGGAGGAGGAUGACCGGAAUGACAGUGAGCUGGACACUGAGCAACUGCUGAAGAGCUUCAAAGCCACCAAAAGGAAGUCUUUCCACCUUGGUAGUCCAAAUAUCAAGAGGAGUUCCUUCUGGUCCAACAAGGAAAAUACAACUCUUACAAAGACUCAAGAGAACGAACAUCUCGGCACAGAUAUGGAAGCAGGAAAUGGGCAGGGAUUUUCAAGGACAACGGAGUGUCCCACAGUCCAACAGGAAUCUGAGAAAAGAACAGUAUUUGAAAAUUCUUGCUCUAGUCAUUUGAGCCCACCUUCAAGUUCCCUCAACAAUAUUUCACAAGAAAAAGCGCAGAGGAAUUGUAAAAGGCUCAGAAAGUCCAUUCUUACCAGACCACCUCAGUAUUUAGUGGAGUCUUCGAACCCUGAUACCAGUGGGAAGACCCAGAAACAGAUUCUGGCCAGGCUUUCUGGCAACAGCUCAAAAAGUGCCCUCAGUCCCAACAAAGUCACAAAAAGCCAAAUGGAAUCUCCCCUCCAAGCUGUGGGUUCUGGUCUGCUCUUUCCAGCUUUUGGCGCCUCUAAGGAAAAUCUACCAGAUCCGACACCUGUAGCUUCAAAGCAACUUAGAGUCCCUAAAAGUCAGCAGCCAUACAAAGUGGAGGGCAGCAUGAGGAAAAGUCCAACAGUUCUGGAGAGUAGCCACAGUGUUGGAUCAGACACUGCAGUGGAGGCAAACAAAACGUGGCCAGAGAACAUGACUGGAAACAUGGCCAAUACAGAGUCCUCCUUGACUCCAGAUGACCUCCUUCCAAUUAUCCAAUCAGUAGUUAUCCAAGAGGCAGAGAGGACUAAAGGAAGUGGUGUGGUCAGCUUGCACUCUCCCAUCAAGAGCACCCUAAAGCGGAGGAAGGCUCAGCGACUGGAGUCUUCCUCGGAGUCCGACUGCAGUGGGGAGGAAGAGGAACUGCCUUCUCUUGCGCAAAUUUUCAGACCUUCGGCUUGUCCACCAACCGCUGAGGAGGAGGAGGAGGAAUCAGUCACAUUGCUCAAAGACCAUGCGAGGGAACAAGGAAGCUACAGGGAGGCUGGUGAUGUUACCUGUGCUGCAGCUGAAGAUGGGCAGCGAGCGAGCAGUCCUCCCAUGUGCCCCAGUCCUGAAUGGGUCACCACCAGCCAGGCAUCUGUGGACCUGUUUGGAACACCAGAAGAAGGGGAAGGAAUGGCAGGUGACACUGGCCUGACACAGGAAUCAUCACAAUUUUCAAGCGAGUGCAUUGCCACUCAGCAAAAGGUUGCGAUGCAGGAGGAGCUGCGGAGGCUGGAGAGAAUGAUGGCGUUGGUGUCUGAAGCGCUCCAGGAGAAGGAGGAGGAGGAGCCCACUGGGGCCAAAGUCAACCCCGGGGCCUCAUAUCCCCCAGCGUUGCUUCAACCAGACAGGUCCACAGUCUCCUCAGGCCUUGAUCUCCAGGCGACCCUGCCGUGUGGCCAGGGCACCAGGAAGAGGUCUGUCAGCAGGGAAGGUGCCCAAAACAUUGGGGGAAAUGCAGCCUCACCGUCCCCUGGUCUUGGAGACUGUGAGGGCCUUGGGCCCACCCCCACCACGCCCUGCCGCACCAAACAUGAGGGGACUGGGGCAGGGCGGCUUGGCAGACAGUCAGGACGGGUCCUAAGGAGCAGCAUGAGAGCGAGGCCCAACCAGGGGUCGUCAGUGGUCAGAGUGCACAGCGGGACCAAUGCUCCCUCAGCUGGGCUGGAGGUCCAGGAUACCCCGGGGGCCAUCCAGCCUGCCAACACACACCCAUCAACGCACACUCCACUGCGGGAACCCGCUGGGGUCAAGUUGGUGCUGGUAGCAUCAGGACUCAGUGCACCUGAACAGUCGAUGGUGAACAAGUUUGCCAAGAGGAUGGGAGGCAGUGUGUGUUCACAAGUGACACCCGAGACCACCCAUGUCAUCAUGAACACAGAUGGUGAUCUGGUGUGUGAGCGCACGCUCAAGUACUUCCUGGGCAUCGCAGGCAGGAAGUGGGUGGUGAGCUUCCAGUGGAUUUCCGAGUGCUUCAAACAAGGGACAAUCUUAAAUGAGACGUCAUUUGAGGUGCGAGGAGACGUUGUGAACGGACAUGAUCACCAAGGGCCCAUGAGAGCACGGACCACAGGGGACACAAGUCUGCUGAUGAAGGAUUACGAGAUCUGUUUCCAAGGCUCUUUCACCGAUAUGACCACUGGUCAGAUGGAGUGGAUGGUGGAGCUUUGCGGCGCAACGGUGGUCCAAGAGCCUCUUCUCUUCACUGGUGAACUGAAAACUCGUCAGCUAAUAGUGGUACAACCAGGCUCGGAGCAAUCACCAAUAAACUACAAAGCCCUCCAGAGGAUAGCCACGGUCAUUACCCGUGGUUGGCUAUUUGAUUCAGUGGCAACCUACACCCUUCAAAGCCUCGGCAACUACAGAACGUAACCUCCAGACCUGGUGUCACAUCCAAAUCGCUCCGCUGGCCUGGACCCACUCCACUCAGUUCAUUGGUGUGAUACGCAAAUCGUUCCCUGCUCUGGAUCCUGUCACUAGAGGCAGUCCCUGGUGUCACGUCCAAGUGGCUCCCUUGUAACCCUCUUUCUUAAUACAGUGCCUUCAGAAAGUAUUCAUACCCCUUGACUUAUUCCACAUUUUGUGUUACUCUCCUAUCUUCACACGAUACCCUGUUAAUGACAGUGAAAACAUGUUAUAAAGAAAAUUGGCACAUUUAUUGAAAAUUAAAUGCAUAAAUAUUUAAUUUACAUAAGUAUUCACACCCCUGAGUCAAUGCUUUGUAGAAGCACAUUUGGCAGCGAUUACAGCUGUAAGUGUCUGGGUAAGUCUGUAAGAGCUUUCCACGGCCCAUUAUUCUUUUCAAAAUUCUUCAAGUUCUAUCAAGUUGGUUGUUGAUCUUUGCUAAACAACCAUUUUCAGGUCUUGCCAUAGUUUUUCAAGUAGAUUUAAGUCAAAACUAACUCAGCCAUUCGGGAACAUUCAAUGUCUUCUUGGUAAGCAACACCAGUGUAGAUUUGGCCUUGUGAUUUAGGUUAUUGUCCUGAUGGAAGGUGAAUUAAUCUUCCAGUGUCUGGUGAAAAGCAGACAGAACCAGGUUUUCCUCUAGGAUUUUGCUUGUGCUUCACUCCAUUCCCUUUCUUUUUUAUCCUGAAAAACUCCCCAGUCCUCAAUUAUUACAAACAUAUCUAUAACAUGACGCAGUCACCACUAUCCUUGAAAAUGUGGAGAAUUGUACUCAGUAUUGUGUUGUAUUGGAUUUGCCCCAAACGCAACACUUUGUUUUCAAGACAAAAAGUGAAUUGCUUUGGCAAUUUUUUUGCAGUAUUUAGUGGCUUAGUGCAAACAGGAUGCAUGUUUUGGAAUAUUUUUUUGUGCAUGCUUUCUCUUUACUCUGUCAAUUAGUUUAGUAUUGUAGAGUAACUACAUUGUUGUUGAUCCAUCCUCAGUUUUCUCCCAACACAGCCAUUAAACUCUUAACGGUUUUAAAGUCACAAUUGGCCUCAUGGUGAAAUACCUGAGCGGUUUCCUUCCUCUCCGGCAACUGCGUUAGGAAGGACGCCUGUAUCUUUGUAUUGACUGGGUGUACAGAUGCACCACAGCAAUAGGUACCCUUUUGCGAGGCAGUGGAAAAGCUCCCUGGUCUUUGUGGUUGAAUCUGUUUGAAAUUCACUGCCCGACUGAGGGACCUUACAGAUAAUUGUGUGGGGCACAGAGAUGAGGUAGUCAUGAAAAAUAUCCUGCUAAACACUAUUGCACACUGAGUGAACCCAUGCAACUUAUUAUGGGAACUUAUUUAGCCUUGUCAUAACAAUACUUAUUGACUCUAGACAUUUCUCCUUUAAAUUUGUAAUUAAUUUGACAAAUUUAUGGGGGUAUUGUGUGUAAGCCAGUGACAUCUCAAUUUAAUCCAUUUUAAAUUCAGGCUGUAACAAUUUUUUUUUUUGAAAAAGUUGUGAAUACUUUCUGAAACCACUGUAUGCCUAAGAGACAAGCCGUGAUCAACCAGUUCAAAAGAUUCCUGCACUUUACCCCAUCCCCCUGAAGUUGUCUUGUUUUUGUCACCAUGACUACAUCCUUUAAAAUAGUUGUUAUGCAGUCGCUUUGUGUUAUAACUAAACUCUGUGUGAUGUACAUAAAUGUAAUGUUCUCUUACUUAAAACGACUCGCAUGGAAACAAAUGAUAUAUUUUUGUACCCUGUGAGAAUGAGAAACCAAUGACCUGAAGAGAGCCA